AUGCUCAGGAAGAGAAUCCCAUUAGCUCCGUCCGAGCUUACCGAUACGCAUAAGCGUGCUAUUUGCCAACAUCCGGAAAUCCUGGAGCUGAAACGAGAGAAGAAAGAGCUUCUGGCGGAGAUGCGAUCUCUGGCCUGCACUGUGAAAAAUACCCAAAAGUCCUUCCCACACCUUAUCAAAGGCACGAAGCUAAAGGAUUAUUUCCCUAUCGCACCUGUACUCGAACUGGACCGACAGAUCAAGCGGCUGCUUUGCGAACAUGAGGUUGAAACAUGUGAUGCUGACAGCUCUGACGAUGAAAACUGGGAGUUGCCCAACCCGAAAUACGUUUUUCCUGAACGGGCUGGCCUCGUGGAGAUCUUUUGCGGGCCCGAAGCGGAGAACUAUGACGAGGACAAGCUGCUCGCGCGUCGUAUUCAGGUUGCCAAGGACAUGGUUGCGCUCCUGAGGCUCUGCGAGCCCAGCAGGCGAGGCAAUCGUGUUGAUUGGAAAUUCGACUACGAAAAUGAUGAGCCGCCAGACCAACCAGAGGGACCCUCGCCUCGUGAAGAAUACAAUAUGAAAUGCCUAAUGGAUGUCUGCAUAAUUUGCUAUGUUAUAUCCUAUCGCUCGGCGUCAAACCCUCCUCCGCAUAGAUCUCCUUCCAAGCGACCAGAUUCUCUUCGUCGUCAUCUCAUCGACUCUUAUCUGCUCCGUGCACACACACGACGGGAUCAGCUGCAACGGAUUAAACUAUGUCAUCUCUCCGGAAUGCCACAGUUUAUCCUCAGCGACGGUCCCUCUGGAGAAGCGUCCACAGAGUUAGAGACUCAGCAAGCCACCGAAACUCCCGCCUCCUCACUCAAUUUUGACAUAGCGAAUCUUGACCCUCUGUUGAUGGAAUCCGGUCCCAUCACCGUGGUGAAGUCCAACGUGCCCACCAAGCCUCUGGAGCCUCUGUUUCGUCUAUUGGAUGUCCAGUGA